AUGUAUUUUCAUGUAUUUUCUAUUCGUAUCCACAGUUUAUCAAAGCACGCAUGGAAGCAAAAUUUCAUCGGUUUCACUUGGUUUCAUGAUGUUUCAACAAUUUCCUAUGGAAACCAUGUGAAACCAAGUGCAACAUUUUUGAAAAGUGAAAUUUUAAAAAUUAAGAAUUUCAUCGGUUUCACUUGGUUUCAUGAUGUUUCAACAAUUUCCUAUGGAAACCAUGUGAAACCAAGUGCAACAUUUUUGAAAAGUGAAAUUUUAAAAAUUAAGAAUUUCAUCGGUUUCACUUGGUUUCAUGAUGUUUCAACAAUUUCCUAUGGAAACCAUGUGAAACCAAGUGCAACAUUUUUGAAAAGUGAAAUUUUAAAAAUUAAGAAUUUCAUCGGUUUCACUUGGUUUCAUGAUGUUUCAACAAUUUCCUAUGGAAACCAUGUGAAACCAAGUGCAACAUUUUUGAAAAGUGAAAUUUUAAAAAUUAAGAAUUUCAUCGGUUUCACUUGGUUUCAUGAUGUUUCAACAAUUUCCUAUGGAAACCAUGUGAAACCAAGUGCAACAUUUUUGAAAACUUGCAAUUUCUAUUCUAGCAGUAGAACUCUCGAGAUAAAACCGCUACGUAUGUAA